AUGCAUGUCGAUGCCAAAGAUGCUCUCGGGUCCUCGAUACUUGCCAUUGUCGUUACGCUGGUCUCGGUCGCGCUGUUAAGCUUCUCGCUCAGACUCUACACUCGUGGAAGACUCCUACGCAACCUCGAUACUGAUGACUGGCUUCUCCUUGUCGCAGCACUGUGCACGAUAGGAGUUCUGGUAAUUACAAUCUUACUGAGGACAAAGCUAGAGAAGCAAGUGUGGCCUACCACAACCGACAACGAUCAUACGACUUCGCUAUUGGUAUGGGUAUUUGCCCUUUUCCAUAUUGUAGGCCUCGGUUUCGUCAAGCUCUCGGUGGCUCUUACUGUGCUAAAGUUUGCUCCCCGCAACUGGCACCGACACGUUAGCCUGGGGUUUAUCUGCUUGACGACCAUUCUCACAGUGCUCUGGUUAGGGUCCACGUUACUUUUUGGUGGCCCUAUCACUGUCGACUGGAGCUCCACUAGUAAACCCGAAGCUAUCUGGAGGCUUGCUAGCUUCACCAACAGCGUACUGGACGUGGUGACAGGGUUCCUUGUUGCUUUGCUCCCUAUCCCUGUACUCUGGGCCCUACGUCCUGGUCUAUUAGCAACUCUGGCUCUACUUACGAUUUACAUAUGCACCGCUGUGGUUAUAGCUGCAGCGAUCGUACGGAUGUAUUUGCUCCACACACUCUUGCAGAACAAAGAUGUGGCACACCCAAUUCGAAUGGACAUGCUCUGGUCAUCUAUAGAACUUGCUUCAGCCAUGUCGGCGGCUUGCUUGUUCACAUUACAGCCCCUAGCUUCGUCGAUCAAGCUUUGUUUUUCCAACCGACGCAGUAAACAUCUUCCAGCAUCCCAAGCCGCACCACGAUAUCCAUAUCCCUCCCAGACGUACGCCUCGACUGACACCGUCAUACAUCGCCCCGACGCCCCACAUCUACUCAGCCUGCGCUUUCACGACGCCGAGUCCAAUCUUGAUUUCGACAUUGAAACACCCAAUACUCGCACUCGAACGCAAACACUGCGCUCCCGGGCGACCCACAGCCGCAACGUAUCGGACUGGUCUCAAUUCUCAGGCUUCACAUACUACACUACUACAGCCAACUCGUUGCACGACGCAUCGCCACGCAGGUCACGAGUGGUGAGUAUGAACGAGAUGGAGCUGAGGACCAGGACCAUAGGAGUAGGAACAGCACGCGUGGACAAUGCGAAUAUUGGCAUUGCCGUCACGACGCUGCACGACAAGCCCGUGCGAGACUCGGGUGCUGGUGAAGAGAUGGCAGAGUUGGCGAGACUAUUCGCAGAUAACAGUAAGGAUUGGGGUACGGAGACGUCUCGUAGUGUGCGCACAAGUGUGACGACCAAUGAGACUCGCGCGAGCCGCCAUAAAAGCGAUUACUCAUGA